CCUUACGAAGACUUCAAACAAGAUGGUGAGGACGAAUACGAAAUAAGACCUAAAAAGGAAAUGGUGCCGUUAGACAUGGAGUUUAGAACGACGUUAUUACUUUCAUCAAGCCCGUACUGUAAAGCGAUAGCAGUGCAACCAUUCAAAGGAGCCGUCCCUGGGGACCGUCUUCUGUUCAUGUACGUUACUUUCUUGAGCUUAUUCUGUGGUAAUGAUUUGAUCUCAAUGAACUGCAACGGUUCGUUUUCGUAA